UCCAAAGUCACUCCAGCCUUAAUUACUCCAACUUCUCCAACUUUGGAAGGAUUGCGCGGAGCUGUGCGUGUCGAGGCUCCUGUCCCCGCACGACCACACCACACACCACUCCAGCUGUUUCAGCCUGCUGUGCUCCACCAUGCGCGCCAGCCAUGUCAGCCCUCUGCUCGUCUCUCUGCUGUGCAUCGGACUCGCUGCCCAAUCUGAGCUGGAGAAAGAUGAGGUGGUUCCCAGGCUGCUGUCGGGCCAGGAGGGACACCUGUCCACCCACCACACCGCCCGCGCCCAGCGGCGCCGGGGUCAGCGCUCCCUGGACGCCCCGGGGGGAGGACACCCUGACCCGGACAACAUCAUCGUGACACUGCCCGCUUUUGGCAGGGACCUGCAUUUGAAUCUGACGCGGGACAGUGCGUUUCUCUCGGGGGACUUCGUGGUGGAGGAGCGGCGCAGGGACAAGAGCGCAGCGGUCAGAAGCUUGUCCAUGAACCAGCUCUGCUUUUACUCUGGCUCCAUCGUCAACCACACGGAUUCCCUGGCAUCUAUAAGCACCUGUGGCGGUCUGACUGGGCUUGUCCAGAUAGGGAAGGACCGCCUGUUCAUCCAGCCGGUGGGUAAAAACGACCCAUCACAGUCGUUCUCUGGACUUAAACACCAACUGCUGCGAUACCGACGCUCUGCGAAGAGGGUCUCUGCUCCAGAUGCUGACCACGCCAAAUUCUGUGGGACGAAACAAGCAGUAAAGAAAAAGGAGAAGAGAUCAAAAGUCGGUGAGGAUGGUCGCGGGAAGAGAAACGCAAUUCGCCUGCAUGAAGCAUACACUGUGGAGACGGUAGUGGUGGCAGACUCGGACAUGGUGCAGUACCAUGGUGCUGAGGCAGCGCAGAGGUUCCUGCUGACUGUCAUGAACAUGGUCUACAACAUGUUCCACCACCAGAGUCUAGGAGUGAGGGUCAACAUUCGAGUCACCAAGCUGGUGUUGCUUCACAGCCGCCCAGAAAAGCUACAUGUGGGCCAUCAUGGAGAAAGGUCUCUGCAGAGCUUCUGCCAUUGGCAGUACCAAGAGUUCGGGGGGCCACGCUACCUCGGCACCAACCAUGUUCCUGGUGGAAGGGAUGAUAUCCCACCAGUGGAUACAGCUGUGCUGGUCACCAGGACAGAUUUCUGCGUCCAUAAAGAUGAACCCUGUGAUACAGUGGGUAUCGCUUAUCUGGGUGGUGUCUGCAGUGCCAAGAGGAAGUGCGUGUUAGCAGAGGACAAUGGACUCAAUUUGGCCUUCACCAUUGCUCACGAGCUGGGACACAACAUGGGAAUGAGCCACGAUGACGACCACGCCACCUGCACAGGUCACUCCCACAUCAUGUCCGGCGAAUGGGUGAAAGGUAGAAACCCCAGCGACCUGUCCUGGUCAUCCUGCAGCCGCGAUGAUCUGGAAAACUUUCUCAAAUCCAAAGCCAGUGUCUGCCUUUUGUACACAGAUCCAAGGAGCCAGUACCAGGUCCGGCUGCCCCAAAAGCUGCCAGGCAUGCACUACAGUGUGGAUGAACAGUGUCAAAUCCUGUUUGGAACCAAUGCCACUUUCUGCAAUGACAUGGAGCACUUGAUGUGUGCUGGCCUGUGGUGUUUGGUAGAAGGUGACUCUUCAUGUAAGACCAAACUGGAUCCCCCUCUGGAUGGAACAGAGUGUGGAGCAGACAAGUGGUGCAGGGCAGGCGAGUGUGUCAGUAAGACACCCAUCCCUCAGCAUGUCGACGGUGACUGGAGUCCAUGGAGCCAGUGGAGCAUGUGCAGCAGGACCUGCGCUACUGGAGUCCAGUUCAGACAGAGGAAAUGUGACAACCCUCCGCCUGGUCCUGGUGGGCAACAGUGUCAGAAGACCAGUGUGGAGCACAAGGCUUGUGAAGGUCCUCCCUGUCCCAAGGGCGCACCUAGCUUCAGAGACCUGCAGUGUCUGUCCUACGACCGACACGCCAGCAAGAAGAAGGGCAGCAUGCUGACUGCUAUUAUCAAUGAUGAGAAGCCCUGUGUGUUGUUCUGCAGCCCGGUGGGUCGAGAUGUCCCAGUCUUGAUGGCUGAAAGAGUGAUGGAUGGGACACCCUGCGGACCAUUUGAAGCUGACCUGUGUCUUCACGGGAGGUGCCAGAAAAUCGGCUGUGAUGGCCUCAUCGGCUCUUUGGCUAAAGAGGAUCGCUGUGGCCUUUGCAAUGGAGAUGGGCGCUCCUGUAAGAUAGUGAGAGGAGACUUUAACCACACCAAAGGAAUGGUCACCACUAGGCAGUGUAAGAGGGUAUCUACCUGUGUGAUGGCUAAACCCAGAGCUGUCCCCAAGUGUUUCUCAUGCUACAUCGAGGCUGUGGUUAUCCCUGCAGGAGCCAGGAGAAUCAAAGUUGUGGAGGACAAACCUUCACAUAGCUUUCUGGCCCUGAAAGACUCCAGUAAGAGAUCCAUCAACAGUGACUGGAAGAUUGAGCUUCCAGGGGAGUUUGAGCUGGCCGGGACCACAGUGCGCUAUGUGAGAAGGGGACUGUGGGAGAAGAUGUCUGCCAAAGGACCCACUAAGACCCCCUUACACCUAAUGGUGCUGCUCUUUCAUGACCAGAGCUAUGGUAUCCACUAUGAGUACACAGUGUCUCUGAACACAUCUCAGGGCAGGAGAAGUGAGGAGCACAAGGAACAAGAGUAUCUCUACAUCUGGACGCACAGCAGCUGGCAGGACUGUACUGUCCAAUGUGGAGGAGGUGAGCGGAGGACAGUGGUUUCCUGUAUGAGGAUAGCCAAUAAAACCAUGGAGGGGGUGAACGAUAGUUACUGUCAACUGGAGAACCGACCACAGCCCCAUGUGCGAUCCUGCAACUCUCACCCCUGCCAGUACUGGUGGGUGACAGGUGAGUGGGGUUCCUGCUCCGUCACAUGUGGUAGAGGUCUUCAGCAGAGGGAGGUGGUUUGUGUUUACCACCUACAGAACGGCUCACUCAUCCACACCAGGGGCCUGUACUGCCAGGGAGGAAAACCUACUGUUCUGCAGGCCUGUGAGGGCCGCCUCUGCCUCACUGUGUGGGAGGCUUCAGAGUGGUCAAAGUGUUCUUCAGAAUGUGGUCAUGGUGUUCACCGGCGGACGGUAUCGUGUACAAACCCUCAGGGUCUAUGCGAUCCCUUGUCCCAACCUUCCCAAGAGGAGCCCUGUGAGGACUACUCCAAAUGUUAUGAAUGGAAGACUGGAGACUGGUCUAAGUGUUCGUCAUCCUGUGGGAAGGGCCUUCAGUCACGGGUGGUCCAGUGUAUGCACAUAGUGACUGGUCGUCAUGGUAAUGACUGCCCAGUGACACUGAGACCACCAACCUACCGACCCUGCCACCAUGGUGCGUGUAAUGAGAAAAUCAAUGUGAACACCAUCACCUCCCCCAGGCUAGCUGCUUUGACCUACAAAUGCAUGGGGGACCAGUGGACAGUGUACUGUCGCGUGAUCCGAGAGAAGAACCUCUGUCAGGACAUGAGGUGGUACCAGCGCUGCUGUGAAACCUGUAGGGACUUUUAUGCCAAGAAAAUACUGCACAAGAGCUAAUGACCAAAUACACCCACUUUCCUCUGAAUAGUGCUCAAUUUUGAAAAUGUUUUUAAUAUUAAUAAAUUAGAAAACAAUUUUUAUUAUUGAUGUAACUUUUUGUAUUUUAAAAAAAAUGGCAAUUUCACAAGUGUACAUUUGAAAUGGGCUUAUAAGCUUCUAGUUUGAUGAAGACUUUAAAAUGUCCAAUGUUUCUUUUGCUGUACACCAAAACAAUUCUAAACAAAAGGAGUCUAUGGAAAACCAAUCCAGACAGCUGUAUUUCACAUAAAUGAAAAUACGUGCUUGAAGUUGACUGGCAGGUCUAUGAGCUAUCAUAGGGCUGAGCCAGAGCUUUUUUAAUUAUGCUCUCCAUUGUAUCUUUUUUUUCUCUGUGCUGUACUGUAUUAUAGCUAAUUGUUGCAAUUUGAAAUAACUAGCAAUAGGUUUAUAUAUAGGUAAACUUACGUGCUUACAUUUUUAUUAAGUAUACUGUAAUAAUAUGUAAGAUCAGGAGCCAUGUGAAAAUACUGUAGAAUUACAGUAAUUAAACCCAGCCAAUGAUAGGAGACCCACUGAUCCACUGGUCUGUUUAAUGGCUGUGGAUAACCCAUGUAGCAGAACAUUAUUGAACUUUCAUUCUAAGGGCACAAUACACGGUAGUUUUUUUUCCUUCCACUUGAUGGAUUUAAAUCUAUCUUGCCUACAAUAUGACUCUGUUUACUCUAAGAUUGAUUUAACUUCAUCACUUAGAUCAACUGUGCACCUCAGAGCAAAAUCUUGUUUUGCAAUAUUAUCUGUUAGGCCUGUCAGCAGGUGGAGUUCAGUAUGAGCAUAGAAAAGCGACACUUUUAAUUGGCUGUUAGUUUUUUCGUUUCAGGUGCAUUAUAUCUGAACUAAAUUUAGAUGCUAUUUUACACACAUUUGUUUUACUAAGGCACAUGUAUGCAUCUCUGCUGGCCAGAUCACCAUCUGAUUACAAUUACUCUCAGUUUCCAGGCUUCACACCAAUCAGGGUCAACUUUGCUUUAGUCCAGGGGGUGGUGCUAAUGUCCCUGAAGAGUAGUGGAAGAGUAUCUGCUGCACUCCAGCAGUUUACUUGCAAUAAUAACCGUAAGCUUCACAGCCUUCAUUAUCUCAACACCCUGAACAAACCAGAUCACUGCGGUCUCACAUGCAGUUACAUUCCCUUGAAAACCAGCAUGAUUUUUUAUUUAAACAUAAAUUAUUAUCAAAUUUAAAGUCAAAUUCUUAAUUCUCAUGCACUGUGACAUUUUCUCAUACGUGUACAUAUAAACUUGUAAAGAUCGGAUCACACAUUGUGGUACAGGCUCUCAGAGUGGUGUAAAUGAUAUAUAUAAUACAUAAAUGACCGUAUUCUGCAACUUCUCACCUUGUCACUAAAUUGUAGUGGGGUGUUGGCUGGGACACAAUCUCAGACCUUUUGUUUUAAUAUGGAGUUUUACAUUUUUAAAGACUGUCAAAUGGGAAAAGGUAUAAAGCUUUUCUAUACGGAGCUAAUAGUCUUCUGGUGCUUUUCUGCAUUGAGCAUCACACAGGCCAGUGGUAACAGAUGCAGUAGAGACACUUAAUUAAAUAAAAUCCAUCUUACUUGUAUGAGAGGUCCCCUAACUGCUUGUUUCUGCUGCCUCAAGCUGCCAGUCACACAGAUGAGCUAUUCCUUUGCAAAAGAAAAACCUUUGAAGCUCCAGGCAGCAUCUCAUUAAGAGACUCCUGACUGCUACGGACCACAGUAUGAUGACGUGACCAAAACAGGUAACUGAGCUAUCUCUAUUGCUGGCAAGCUAGGCAGAUGAAUUUGUACAAGUUGGGUGGAAAUGGAGUUCCCAGAGCAAUGGCUUUGUUUGUCACUGCUUUAAAUAUUGUUUUCAGAAGUUUUUUCCCUCUGCAUAAAACUGACACUAAAGGCCUGGAGGAAAGCUGGUUGUAGUAAUCUUUAAAUGGUAAAAUGUAAAAUACAUCAUAUCGUGUGUGUGUGUGUGUGUGUGUGUGUGUGUGUGUGUGUGUGUGUGUGUGUGUGUGUGUGUGUGUGUGUGUGUGUGUGUGUGUGUGUGUGUGUGUGGUAAUACAAAAGGCCUCAGUCUUUUCUAAGGUGCUAUCUAAUGACCUGUUUCACUAUUGUGGAAUUCAGCUUAUGACGGUCCUCUUUUCAUUGUUAACUGUUAUUUGUUUUUGUAUGUUGUAUUGUUAUUUAACAACAUUGGCUUUUCUUGACGAAUCUUUUUGGCUUAUAUAUUGAAAACAUGCUUAAUUAUACCUGGACUGUACUUUUUUUGUUGCAGUGUGUUUGUUACAUAAACUGCCAUCAUGUGUAUUUUAUGGUGCUGAUUUGGAACUGACUUGAUAAUCUGUUUUUAGAGGGAUUUAACCAUUUGUCUGUUGUUCUGUGCAGUCACACUAUAUAUGUACUGUUGUCUGCUCUGUGUCACCUAUUCUUCAGACCAUUUUGAGCAAGAAGCUGAACGAUAUAAUCUACUCAACUACUGUAAAGUGAUUCUCUUUUAUUUUGUUAAGUAAUAAAUUAUGUGAUUGUACAUGUAAAAAGGAACUUACCCACUGAGAUAUGUGGAUGAUACAAUUAAAGCAGAAUGCAGACUGCUCUCCU